AUCCCCUUCACCCACCCAACCCAACCGAAUCCACCCUCCUCACGCCUUGCUACUUCCCCCUCCAGCUCCCGCAGGAAAAUAAUCCAAUUCCUUUUUUUUUAAUCCCAAAACCAGCUAGGCCGACGCCGCCUUCGAAUCCAAGUUUUACUAGGACUCGGCGGCGGCUCCGCUUGCCCACCACCGCGCCGCCAUGGCGCUGCUCGUGCGCGCGCGCCUCUCCUCGCUCGACGACGACGACGACGACGCGGCCACGGCGUCCUCGCUGUCCUCGGCGGCGUCCUCCCCGCCGCUCUCGCCGCUCCCGGCGUCCCCGCCGCCGCUGCCCGCGCGCGCCGCGGUCAUCGGCGCCCCGCGCGUCGCGGCGCAGCUCUCGUCCGCCGACGAGGACGUCAGCGAGUCGCUCGACGACGACACCAGCUCCGGGGAGGACGGCGAGCUGGUGGAGGAGGUCUCCAACGGCUUCUUCUUCGCCGUCGCCAGGGUGCCCCCGCCGCCGCCGUCGCCACCGCCCGAGGACCCCAGCGCGGUCCCCGGCGGCGAGACGGCGGGGUCCGCCGCCUCUGCGUCCGAGAGCGGGGACAGCUUUGGCGCCGCGGAGGGGUCGCUGGAGGAGAGCUUCAUGAGCGCCAACAGCGUCUUGGAAGUGCUCGACGCCGGAGCAGGGAGCGGAUUGGGCGGUGGCAUUGAGGAUGGUAAUGGUACGGGCGUCGAGGGAUCGUUAGAUGGGAGCUUCCAGAGUUCCAGGAGCGUCAUUGGCGCGCUGGAUGGCGGGGAGGCUGCUGAAUCAGGUGAUCUGGUGGAUGUUACAGGUGUUCCUGUCCUGAUUGAUGAUGAGCAGGGGGUGCAGGAUGUUGGUGCUGAGGCUGUUGAUGAUGUGGCGCCUGAGCCUUUCAUGCCUAUUGCUGGGGAGCCUUUGGAGGGGGAGAGUGUGUCUGAUCAUGAGGUUGCUGAAUUGCUUCCUGUUAUCGGUGCUACAGAAGGAGAGGAUGCUGGUUUUGGACUUCGGAGCGAUGAUUCUGAUGCAAAAGGUAGUACAGCAGAGCAUGUGGCAGUUAUGGAUGUUGAAGAUGCUAGUCCUGAAAAUGUUGCCACAAGGGAUGGUGCAUCUGACACUGUGGAAAUCCGUGAUAAUUUUGAUGAACCAGAAUCUGUUGCAUAUGACGGUCAUAAUAAGGUAGACGAGGAAGCUGAUGGUGACCAUGAAGCUUCGGAUGAUCUUGCAUCAAUGCCAAUCUCCGCAAGUGAUGAUACUGUGGACCUUCUGGUAAAAGAACCGGAGGACAACGUGCCUGCUUCCAAAGGCACACGCUUUGGUGUGGAUGAUUCAGAUGAUGUGGAGGUAAACGGCGAUGAUGAAUAUGAAGAGGAGGUGAAUGGAAAGGAAAUCGAGCUUUUUGAUUAUGCAGCUCUAGUUGAACUUCUAAGGGCCGCAAACAUCUCAUCAGGACAAGGCAAGGCCAAGGUUUUUCCAUUUGAAUCUUCUGAGCCCAAGCAUCUGCCUCCCACUGUAACCAGCAUUCCUAGGACUGACGUGGCUUCUACAGAAAGAGAUGACCCUGAGAAAGAGAUGACCGAUGAGGAAAAGAAGAUAUACAGAAAGGUGGACCUGGUACGAAUCAAGUACAUGCGUCUCAUUCAUAGAUUGGGUUAUGAUACUAACCAUCUGGUACCAGUGCAAGUGCUGUAUCGGCUUAGUCUUGUUGAAGGUUUCAGGCGUGUUAGGAUGGCAAACAAUUCCUCUGAGCUCGAGAAUGCCUGGAAGAGGGCUUUGCAGCUUGAGGAAGAGGGAAUUGAGGACCUUGAAUUCUCCUGCAAUAUUUUGGUCCUUGGGAAGACUGGGGUGGGGAAGAGUGCAACGAUAAAUUCCAUUUUUGGCGAAGAUAAAUCCAAGACAAAUGCUUUUCUACCGGCAACAUCAUCUGUGAAAGAGAUUACUGGAGUUGUUGAUGGUGUCAAGUUUCGUGUCAUCGACACCCCUGGACUUGGGACUUCGGCCAAGGAUGAAAAAUCAAAUCGGAGAGUGCUCAACUCUGUUAAGAGGUAUAUGAAGAGAUGCCCUCCUGAUAUUAUUCUGUAUGUCGAUCGGAUUGAUACCCAGCGACAGGAAGCAAAUAGCCUAUCCCUCUUGCGAGCUAUUACCAGUGUGCUAGGCCUGUCAAUAUGGUCCAGGACAAUUAUUACUCUCACUCACUCAGGAGCAGCUCCCCCUGAAGGCCCUAGUGGUUCCGCAAUGAACUAUGAUAUGGUUGUGACUCAUCGAACUCAUGCAAUUCAGCAAAGCAUCCGGCAGGUAACUAAUGAUCCUCGAAUUGAGAAUCCAGUGGCUCUUGUGGAGAACCAUCAUCUCUGUCAGAGGAACACAGAGGGUGAAAAGGUGCUUCCUGAUGGCCUUACUUGGAGGCGUCUGCUCCUCCUCCUAUGCUACUCAAAGAAGAUUAUCGCUGAGAUUGAGAGUCUCUCAAACCGUCGUGGUUCUUCUGCAAGUUCCUUAGGUCGCUUUUUUCAAGUGCCUACACUUCCUUACUUCUUAUCAUGUUUGUUGCGAUCUAGAGAGCACCCUAGGAGUUCCAAUGACCGUAAUGCUGGGAGUGUGGAUUCAGAGCUUGAUCUAGAUGAAUUGUUGAAUGAGGUUCAAGAGGAUGAAGAAGAUGAUUACGAUCAGCUUCCUCCCUUUAAGCCACUAAGUAAAUCCCAGGUUGCAAAACUCUCGAAAGAGCAACAGAAGUUGUAUUUUGAUGAAUAUGAUUACCGAACUAAGCUUCUUCAGAAAAAGCAGCUGAAGGAACAAGUCAGAAGAUUUAAGGAAAUGAAGGAGGGCAAUGACAAUGAUGUACCUUCUGAGGAUGGUCAUCCUGAUGAUGAAUAUGAUACAGAUAGAUCUCCUAUGCCAGACUGGGCAUUGCCAUCUUCGUUUGACUCUGAUGAUCCUGUUCACCGAUAUCGGUGCCUUGAACCUACACCGAACCUUCUGGUUCGGGCUGUUAACAACCCUGAGGUAUGGGAUCAUGAUUGUGGUUUUGAUGGUGUGAGUGUCCAACAUAGCCUUGAUGUUGCUAACAAGUAUCCAGCUUCUCUCUGGGUUCAAGUUAACAAGGACAAGAGAGAGUUCACCAUUCAUAUGGAUUCCUCAAUGUCAGUUAAGCAUGGAGAUCAUGCCUCGAGCCUGGCAGGCUUUGACAUCCAGACAAUCAUGGACCAGCUUGCUUACACUCUAAGAGGGGAGACCAAAGUCAAGAACUUCAGGAAAAACACCACGACUGGUGGUUUAUCCGUGACUUUUUUGGGAAAUACCGUGGUGACUGGAGCGAAGUUUGAAGACAAGCUUUCAGUUGGCAACAGGUUAACACUGGUAGCCAACACUGGUGCUGUGUCCGUGAGUGGUGAUUCUGCAUAUGGGGUGAAUAUGGAGGCAACUCUGCAUGAGAAAAGUUAUCCUGUAGGUCAAGGGCUCACAACUUUGGGUGCAUCCUUAGUAAGGUGCCAUAAAGAAUGGACCAUGACUGCAAACUUGGAUUCCCAGUUCUCUGUUGGGAGGACUUCAAACAUGGCAGUUCAUGUUGAUUUAAACAACAAACUAACUGGACGGGUGAGCAUCAAGGCUAACACUUCAGAACAGCUGAAGAUUGCCCUUUUAGGUGUCUGUUCAGCGACAAUGUAUUUGUGGAACAAGAUGCAUCCUGGUGCAGAUGCUAAUGCUUAAGUAGCACUGAACUCCCAAGAUCCAACCAUUCAGAGGUCAGCGAGCGCAUCAUUUUCCUCCCAGCUUGUGAGUAAAGAAGGGGAGGUUGCUGGAAACCGCAAGCUCUGGGAAUUCGCAAGGAACUGAAGUUGAACCAUCACUUUCUGUCAAGAAUCAAGUUAAGUCUUAGUGGUGCUACCAAUUCCUUUUUUAAGGUUAGUGGCUUAGUGCGCAGUUGGUGGCCAACUUCAUGAGCGACAACUUAUUUUUGUCGAAAAUUGUAACUAGUAAUUUAACUGAUAAAUCAUAAUACCAAAAAAGUUACUGUC